AUGUGGGCAGUUACAAGCAGUUUCAUUAAAAAUCUCUUUAAUCUAGAUAACUUAAGUUCUAUCUUGGCCUCUGUGAUCUAUAGUUGCAACUACAAACUGUAUUUUCUAUGGCUUUGGAUCUACAAUGAACCGGAUCGAGCUGAUGUUAUAAUCUUCAAUGAACAGCAACACAAUAUUCAUGACGAAAACAUUCAUACCAAACUCCAAUGUAAACGUAAAUACUGCGAACAAUGUCGCAUCAAACGUCUGGUAAUGUAUUUGUAUAAUGCCAAACAUUCGAUUGAUGUGGCCCAGCUGGCCAUCUCGCAUAUCGAUAUGUAUUUAGCCCUGGAGGACGCCUGGCUACGUGGUGUUAAUGUGCGAAUUGUUACCGAUGGCCAAAUGGUUCGUGUGCGCGGUACAAUUACUUACUAUCUCUUUAAAUUGGGUAUACCAAUACGUUUGGAGUCCUCGGGAUUUGUGCUGCAUCAUAAGUUUGCCAUUAUUGAUGGAGAGCCAAGAAUUUUAGAAUUGGAACAGGAUCAGCAGCGUUGGUAUACACGUCUUUGGUCACGAACAGGCUUUGUUAUGACUGGAUCGCUCAAUUGGACCAGGCAGGGGACUAUGAAGAACUUUGAAAAUGUUGUCGCCAUUUCGAAUCGCUCCGUUCAACAGUUUUAUCAGCCAAUUUUCGAUGAAAUGUGGAUACGCUUUCAUCCACUGGAAAUAGAAGAUUUUGAGUUUCGCGAUGUAGAAAAUAAAAUUGUUUCCCGGAUUGCCACGCAAAUAAACGAUGUCAGAAAAUUCUACUAA